AUGAAUAACUCUACAUUGAACUUCACCGCAUCUGAAACAUCUACGAACACCACAUCUGAUUCCCUUUCGCUUCUGGACUAUCUUGAAGUGUGUGUGUACGGUAUCAAUUUCUUGUUUGGUCUUCCUACACACUCCUAUGUUUUACGGCUCAUCGUCACGGGAACAGCGAGUGGAGUCGCAUCAGAGUUCUUCAUCCUCAAUCUCUCCGUUUGUGAGAUUGGUAUCUGUCUCAAUGCUUUGGUCUUAGUGCUGUCAUUGUGGUUCACAAGUUUGGUACCAUUCGAAUUGUUUUUAGUUGGAUUCACCAUGGCUGGCCGUCCUCUGUUUCAGUGUCUGAUCUGUGUCGAGCGUUACCUGGCCGUGGUUCAUCCCGUAACCUUUCUGAAGUACAAACCUCUCAGAUACAGAGCGAUCUGCUGCGCUGUGGUUUGGAUUAUCAUUUUUUGCUCCUGUUUGCUCUGUAUGUAUUUUUUAGACUCACAAAGACGAUAUAUACAUACGUGGCUUUCAUCGUUGCAGAUGAUGCUGGUCAUCUCCCUCCAGUUGUUUUGUCUCGUGGCUGUUCUCAGAGCUCUGAAGCGGUCAGGACCAGGAGGGAAAACAAGACAGAAAGAGGAGGAAAACCACCUGAAGAGAAGAGCAUUUUAUAUUAUUCUAAUAACUACCAUGACUACUGUUAUCAUGUAUGCCCCAAAAACGGUGACAGGAUUCAGUGAAAUUUUAACAAGUGACAGUACUAAGAGAGUUUGGUUCACUGGUUCGACUUGUUUUGUUUUGGCUGGUUUUGUGCAGCCUUUUCUUCAUCUGCACCGUGCUGGAAAACUGUCCUUUCUCUGUUUCUCAUAA